AUCUAUUAUUUUGCCAUAGGACAAUAACUGUGUUCUGUCAAACCACGUCAAUGAUUUCAUGUAUUGCUGUGUUGGAUGUCCUCCACAUUUUAGGCUGGUGAUCAACAGUCUGCUCAGGCAACUAUUGAUGAAUCAGACAUGAUUGGACUCCCUCAGUCUACCCCCAUAAAGAGCCGGGACACCAGUGUAAUAAGCCCACAUCUACGAGCAUAUCCUCAAUCCUAACAUUAUCCCUUACAAGUCCAGAACAAGCUGUGGUUAGACCACGUACCCAGCAUUCUCUAUCUGGCCAAUACAUGGCCCGCCAUCCAACAUGGAAACUUUCAGAGGAAUUGGGUGCUACAUCAGCAUCUUGCCCUCCCCCUCAUGCUGCUCCUGUAAUCUUUUCACAAGAAGAAGAGGAUUCUCUUCAUGAAAUGAGUACAAGUUUUGGAGAAUGGCGACUAGACGACCCUAAGGACGACAGCUACAAGCCACUAAGUGACACCUCCCCAUCCAACCCAUCAGGCUCAGGCUCGGCCUCUACAUCCAGCCAUGGCUCAAAGAAUGGAUGGUCAGAGAGAAAGUGGAUAGUGGAUGAAUCGAGCAUAAUGCAAAUGUUCCAAACUUGCUGCCAUUGUGGAAUGGCCAUUGAACACCGGAAGUUGACCAAAAAUGGUAGCCAAUUAAAAAUACGAUGGACUUGCCUGCAAGGACACAAUGGGUUUUGGCAAUCCUGCCCAGACCAGAGGAAGAUGGGCCAAAACAAUUUACUCACCUCUGCCACAAUAUUAUUCACCGGAGCAACCUAUACAGAUAUAAGAGACUGGGCAUUUCUUCUAAACCUCCAAAUCCCUGGCAAAACUCAAUUCUACACCAUACAAUCAAAGUAUCUCAUCCCAGUCAUCAACCGUGCAUACCAAAACCAUCAGGGCUGCGUUAUUGAACGCCUAAAAAUCACUGGCACAGAAGAAAAAGUUGCCCUGGCUGGAGAUGCGCGGUGUGACAGCCCUGGUUUCAGUGCAAAAUAUUCCACGUACUCCUUCAUGGAUGAUGCCACAAAGGAGAUUCCACUUUGAAUUAGUUCAGGUUACGGAGACUACCAGCUCAGUAGCCAUGGAGGUGAUAGGAUUUCAAAGAGGCCUUGACCAUCUCCUGACCAUGGGUAUGGAUGUCGGUGUCGUCACAACCGAUAGAGCCCCUAUCUAUUAGAAAAAUUAUGAGGGAGACCUACAACAACAUCCGGCAUGAGUUUGAUGCGUGGCAUGUCAACAAAAGUGUCAAGAAGAAGCUAGUCACUGCAGCAAAUAAGAGGGAGAAUAAAGAGUUGCAGACCUGGCAUAAAUCUAGAAGUAAUCACUUGUACUGGUCCUGUAGCUCCAGUCACGGAGAUGGUGAGGAAUGUGUGCGUAGGUGGAAAUCCCUGCUCCAACACAUUGUUGGCGUACACAGAUGGGAGGAAGCCGGUGUACAACACACAUGCCAUCAUGCCCCUCUGACAGACAAUGAACAACAGAGGAAAAGGUGGAUGAAGGUGGAUUCUACGGAGCCCCCCGGGUGACAUGGGGAAAAAAAAACAUGGGUUAAAUUUUUUUUUUAAAAAAGUCAUGUGGGGA